AGCAAGCCUCCAGAGCACAGACGCAACAAGAAGGAGAUCGGCAGGGGAAGAAAAGCUCAUUGACGGAGAAAGAGCCGAACGGUGCCCGGCUGACUGUGACGAUCCAGAUCCAGAGAUCAAGCUAGCUCAGGUUGACAGAUGAGGGUCCAGAAGGCGGCUAACAGGAUGAGGCUGGGUGGCCACGUGGCCCCGCGGGGAUUAUAAGCAGCAAGGAGAAGGUAAAGAGAUUAGACUCAAAACGGGGACCUGCUUUUUUAACCUCGUCACUGUUGUCCCACUGAAAUAGCAGGAAUCCUUGCUCGUUCUCAUAUUAUUUGCCUCUUCUGCUCCAACACCCAUGCAAGGUUUUUGAUUGUCUACAAGGAUCCAGUGUCCAAGACUGAAAUCUGCAGGAGCACCGGUAGGACUAAAUCAGGCCCCUUCCUUUGGUGGGCAUUAGUGAGCCGAAGACCGGCACCGAUGAGGAAACUUUUGAACACUUUGCUCAUGGACGCCAGAUAAAGACAUUCUGGACUUUUGUUGCUUGGAACCCUUUCUACACAAAUGACAACCUGGAUGCUUGAAAGCAGCGUAAAUUAGCCCAUCAUGCUUUUGAAGUUGGGACUUUUUUCCAUCGUGUGCCUGUUUACCUUCACAGCCAGUCAAAUCAAAGACCUUCACGACUACAAUUUAUCUGGACUCAGGGAUGUGAAGUAUCGACACUUUCUGGAAGCCUCCAGACCGAUCAGACACACGACCAAUAUCAGAGCGGUACAAGACCGCCAUCGAACCAGGAGGUCAACGCUCUUCAACACAGGGGUCAAAGUGUGUCCCCAAGAGACUAUGAAAGCCAUCAGCAGCAGCCAUCGGGCCUAUUACAAGCUCAGAAUUUGUCAGGAAGCGAUCUGGGAAGCAUUUCGUAUCUUCUUGGACAGAGUUCCAGACACAGAGGAGUACAAAACCUGGGUUUACGCCUGCCAACACGAAAAUCUCUGCAUGGACGACCUGGCUCUCAACUUUAGCAGCUCUCAGGAGCACCUGGAUUUGGUUGCCAGAAGAGUGGCUGAGCAGGCUGAAGUGGACGGAAUUGUUGCUGGAACUCCUGAGCCAGAAAGAGAUUGUUUCUGGACCCCCCCACUGGAUUUACUUCCAACUGAAGCCGAUAUGAAAGAGGAGAACAACAUGAUUCCAGAGCAGUAUGACGAAUAUGUUGUGAAGUUCAGCAUUACCAUCGUAGAUCCGACAUACAGCAUGCUGCUCAGAGAUCCCGGAGCAACGCACUACAAUGACAUCACACAAGCGGUCAAAGAAAUUUUGGUUGAUGUAUUUCGAAAGGUUCCAGGAUUCAAAGAAAUUCGUGUUCUGGGAGUUCGAUCGGAGGAUAUGUCUAUGCGUUGCAUUGUGGUUUUUAAUGGAAACACUGAGCUCAGUGACGAUCCUGACGGCACGGUGGCAUCGGGCACGGACGCACGCGGGGACAUAAAUGGGCCUAAACUGAAGCACAUUAUUGUAAAAGCCUUAAAAGAUGAGGCAUCCUUACCGCUGGACCUACAGACUCUCAACUUUGAAGAUGUGACCACGGUUUAUCCAGUUGACGAGCAUGGCUUAAAAGUGAUAUUUGAAGACAAUGCUGGACUGACCUCAGUACUGGACAGUUCUCCUGUACAGAUCUUCCUUCCCACAGCGGCUGUUACAGAGAACUCUCUAAAAGCUUCUACGACCAAACCGGGGACACCUCCGUUCAUCCCCAACAUCCCCCCAGAGUCCACUUCUUUGUUCACUGAGGAGACGCCUUUAAUGGCAGCAGUAGAGGAGGCGUCCACGGAUGCUUCCAAGGAGAGCAGCUCUUUUGUAGCACCAGGCACAGAGCUGCCGGAGAGCAGCACAGGUAGCGGAGAAGAGCCCGAAGUGGAGAACAUACCACCGACUGACACAGUACCAGAAGAUGUAGUCAGUGGGGACCAUCCAGAGCACCAAAACGAGGACCUUUACUUGACAACAGCGGCAUCCAAACCUGAAGGAGUGAAUACUGAUGCCCCUACUGAGGUUAUUCUUGACUUGCCAGAGUCUGAGGUACCAACUGCUCCACAGGUACCUGCUACUACUACUGUUGUCUUCACACCAUCAUCUCACGAGGAUGCAGUCCAAGGACUUGAACCAAAAUCUGAACGAGAUUCUGUACCACCCUCUGUGGAGCGUGAUGAUGACUCCAGUGGAGGUCACAGCGGAACAACUCCAGUGUCAACGGACCCCUCUGCAGAAAAUAUUCAAGAAGGUAUGGGGCAAAACCAGAACAGGACAGAAGAUGAAGUGAUUGAACACUUGGAAGAAGACUUUGAUGGCGGAUUCCCCUCAGAGUCAGAAGAACAUCCAUAUGAAUCCACAGCAGCACCAGCUAUAAGACAAUCCAUCACCCCUGUGAUGACUGCAGUGGAGAAGAGUAAAGAGUUAGUGGUUUUCUUUAGCUUGAGGGUCACAAACAUGAUGUUUUCUGAUGACCUCUUCAACAAAAGCUCCCCAGAGUAUAAGUCACUGGAGAAUACCUUUCUUGAGCUGACACAGCACUCUGGGACCAGAGACUUGCCAAACCCUGGAGCUUCCAGUAAAUCUGGACCCAAGAGACAGACGACUUUAGCCUCUAUACCGCUUUUACCAUAUCUGCAGUCCAAUUUGACUGGAUUCAAGCAGCUGGAAAUUCUCAAUUUCCGGAAUGGCAGCGUUGUGGUGAACAGCAGGAUGAAACUAGACAAGCCGGUGCCGUAUAACGUCACAGAAGCAGUACACUGUGUACUUGAAGACUUCUGCAACGCCGCGUCUAAACGCCUCGAUAUUGAGAUUGACAGUCGCUCCUUGGAGAUUGAACCAGCCGACCAAGCGGACCCCUGCAAGUUCUUGGCGUGCAAUGAGUUUUCCCGCUGUGUGGUGAACAGUUGGACCGACGAGGCCGAGUGUCUGUGCAACCCUGGCUACAGCACGGUCGACGGGCGUCCCUGCCAGAGCGCCUGUGUUUUACAGCCUAACUACUGCCUGAAUGGAGGCGCGUGCGAGAUAAUCCCAGGACACGGAGCCACCUGCAGAUGCCCUCUAGGUAAAUUCUGGCACUACCACGGUGAACGCUGCAAUGAGCUUGUGUCAAUGCCCCUCGACCCUCCUCUAAUUAUAACCUGUCUCGUGGGAAGUCUGUGCCUCGUUUGCACCAUCAUUGGGACCUUGUUAUGCAUUAACAAGAAAUGUGCAAAGACCAAGAAGGUUGUUGCUUUAGUGGACACCCUUGCUCCCUAUGCCUUUGAGAAUACCUUAAAGGUGAACCCAGUAUUUCAGAAUGAUGACGGUGUCUUAACGCAAGUUUCCACAUUACCGUGUUCUUCAAGUUCUGCUUCUUCCCAGUCUCAACAGUCCAACCAAGAGUCUUUUGUCUCAAUUGAAAAUAUACAUCUAAGUAUUGAGAUCCCCAGGCGGCUCUACACAACAAGAUCUGACAGGGUCAUCUCAGAAAUAGAAGACUUCCAUCACUGCACACCAACAAACGAGACAUGGCCGCUGCCAAAUGAAUACAGAAGAUGGUGUUUAAGGGCGUCAGAAAACGACUGUUUUGAAGUAACGGUUGUCUGAUGGUGUCUUUAUAAUAUGCAAGAAGACUGAAGUUUUUCUUUAAGUGAAUUUGGAAUUUGUGGACAGAUGCAGAUAGCAAUGAAACUGUUAAAAAUGAUUAAAUGUUCAUAUUGAGAGAUGCCUCUUAUUAAACAGAAACCUAUGGAUAUUAAAGCACAAGGAGGAUUUAGGUUGUCUGAAAGUGGAAGCUGAUAUUUAUUUUAAAUGUUGAUUGUAGGAGCAUUUCCUGUAUACCCUUGACAAAGGUUUUUUCUUUCCUCACAAUGAGGUAUUUAUUAUUUACAAACAGAUACACGAUGGUAUCUUCCGUUUUAGACUGUACCAUACU